UAUAAUUUUUAUUUAUUAUUUAACAAAAAUAUAUUCACAAAUUUAUGCUAACUUCAACCUUAUUUAUUUAUAUUAGUUGCAUCAUUUUAGGCCUCUUUAUAGCGUUAUUUUCAAGUAAAAGAAAAAGAGAAUUACAAUAAUAAAAUUCUCCUUCUGCACAAAAUACCAAAGAAACUCCAAUUUAGCUUGAUAAGCUCAUAAUAGGUUUAGGUAAUCCUGGCUAAUAAUAUGAGAACAUGAGACAUAAUGUAGGAAAAUUAUUUAUUUCUUACACUGCUAAUAAAUUUAAUGCAUAGCUAAAAAAAAUAAAUUAAGGAUACUUAGCCAUUUUAAAUGAAGACACUAAUCUACCUAAAAUUGGUUUAUUUAACACUUAUUGCUAUAUGAACAUCAGUGGAAAAUCUAUUUCUGAAGUUAUAAAAAAGCACCAAGUAAAAGUAGAGAAUAUAAUUGUUGUUCACGAUGACUUAGAUAAUGCAUUUGGUAAAGUAAAAAUUAAAGAAGGAGGCAGUGCAGAAGGUCAUAAUGGUCUUAAGUCUAUAAUUGAAUAUUUAGAUACAAAAGAGUUUUUGAGAUUAAAAAUAGGCAUAGAUAGACCAAACUCCAGAGAUCCUAUUGUAAUAAGUCCUUAUGUCCUAGGCAAUUUUUCAACAGAUUAACAAACUAGACUUAACACUGAAAUAUUUGAGAAAGGAAUAGAGAUACUCAAAAAUAAAAAUUUUAUUUAAUGUUGACAAGAUAGAAACCUUAAAAUUUGAAUAUAGUUUAGAGAA